AGCCACAUCUCUAGCCGCAUCUCGCCCGUGAGACGUCGGGCUCAACAACUGUGUGCUUUAUAAUCCUCAUCCACAUCAAUUAAACUGAGAGGUACAGCAGAAUCGCAGCGGGUUCGGCGGAGCUGUCCGGCUCUUGCUCGCACUGCAGGCCUGGGUGUGGGUGCGGAGAAUGCUAAAGGAUGAGUCAGAGGGACACCCUGGUUCAUCUGUUUGCUGGAGGCUGUGGUGGCACUGUUGGUGCAAUUCUGACAUGUCCGUUGGAGGUGGUGAAGACGAGGCUGCAGUCUUCUUCGGUGACUCUUUACAUCUCUGAGGUUCAGCUCAGCACUGUGAACGGGGCCAGUGUGGCCCGCAUGUCCCCACCGGGGCCUCUGCACUGUCUCAAAGCAAUUUAUUUUGCUGCCUACUCCACAGCCAAAGAGAAGUUGAACAAUGUGUUUGAUCCUGACUCCACACAGGUUCACAUGCUGUCCGCUGGUUUAGCAGGGUUCACUGCCAUCACAGCAACCAACCCGAUCUGGCUUAUAAAGACUCGAUUGCAGCUUGAUGCCAGGAACCGCGGAGAAAAGCGCAUGAGUGCAUUUGAGUGUGUCCGGCGGGUCUAUCAGUCAGAUGGGUUACGAGGAUUCUACAGGGGCAUGUCUGCAUCUUAUGCUGGCAUAUCAGAGACUGUCAUCCACUUUGUCAUCUAUGAAAACAUUAAACGCAAACUCAUUGAGUCCAAGGCCAACGCUAACAUGGAUGACGAAGAUGAAUCUGUAAAAGACGCUUCGGACUUUGUGGGAAUGAUGCUGGCUGCUGCCACAUCCAAGACUUGUGCCACUUCAAUUGCGUAUCCUCAUGAGGUUAUUCGUACCAGACUACGUGAGGAAGGCAGCAAGUAUCGUUCGUUCUUCCAAACUCUAAAUAUGGUGAUCCGGGAGGAGGGUUACAGAGCAAUGUACCGAGGCCUCACUACUCACCUGGUCCGACAGAUCCCUAACACUGCUAUUAUGAUGUGCACCUAUGAGCUGGUGGUCUACCUGCUCAAUGGUUAACAGAUAGAGAGAGACCAGGAAAGAGAGGGAGAGAGGCAGAGCAAAAGAGAGACGAACAGGGUGAGAAAGCAAAAGCUAGAUGGAGACCGAGAGAGAUUGUCCCAGGCUUAGACCAAAGGAAGAAGAACAAGUCCUAGAAAUGCAUUGUCAACUCAGACCCCCAAAGGGGGCUGUAGUCUCCGAGAACGAGAGGGAUUCGAGCCUGUCAGACUGGAGAGGGUUUCAAAAAAAAAAAAAGAGAGAGAGUGAUGGCAAACAAAUUUGCUAAUUCUGUCUGUCCAUUUGUUUCAUAAUGUUUUAGGAAAAGUCAGUUUAGAAAGGACAAUCAAAGAGGGGAAUGCUUGAAGAAAAAACAAAAGCCUGAAUUGGCUGAAAUUCUUCAUUCAAGAAAAAAAAUCAUUCUUCGACAACUCUUUCAUUUCAGAAAUUACUUUAUCAGAGCCAUUGCUUUAAGAAAAGAAAAACAAACCAGCCAAGAUCUGAAAUGGCUUGGAGGACUUUAAAGGAAAAAAAAAA